CAACAGCAACCGAAGCAGCAGCAGCACAGGAGAAAAUCAAUUUUCGUGAAAAUACAUAAAUCGCAAACCAAAAAACAAGUGAAACAGAUAGACGGACAACCAAAUACCUUCUAAGCACCAAUACACCUAAAAAGUACCGUACCGUGUGUGCAGUGUGCGUGGGACGCAGCAACAGCAACAGCAAAAACAACAAUAGCAGCCGCAGCAAGCAUAAGAAGGAGUGGAAGGAACAGAGAGCGGAGAGAAGAGAAGCACAGAGCAUUACCAUCACCAACUACUGCACGUCCUCGGCCGCCAUGCUGGACUAGCACACGCUUGUUGUUGUAUCUGCCGAAGAUACACAUAAUACAAAUACAAUAAAAGCAACAAUAAUAAACGAGAAACAACAGCAAACGGAAUAACGGGCUUUCCUGGCUGGUUAGGCCUGUCUGUGGAGGAGUCGCAGCAACAGCAGCAAUAACAACAACAACAAGAAUACCGUACUUCGAAAUUUUGAUGCACAUUUAAACAUAGAGGCACAUACAUUAAUACAUUAAUAGAUAUAUACAUACAAAUACAAAUAAGCAUAGCAGCUCUUGCUCCUGAGCAGCCUGCCGACAUCCUCCAUUCAUAAAGGGCCUAACCAAACGACACGAGACAACGGUUAAAUACAAUUUACAAUCUAUAAAGAACUAAAUUUUAUAUAAAUAAUAUCAACUACCAGGCAACUAAAUUUUUCAACAUAAACAAAAAAAAAACUAGCACUCAACAAUUUUAAUACCAACCAAUUAUAUUAAUAAAGAGCAUCUGUGAUUCGCAAACAAAAGAAAAAUUAAAAAAAAAAAUAAAGAAAUAACAACUUAUUUUCAUACUGCACUUUUUUCUAAAACUGCGAAAAAUUUCUACAAAAAAAAUUUUAAUUUAAAAAAUUAAAAUAUUGUUUGCCAUCAAAUUAAUUAAUAAUUAAGCUCAAAUAACAACUAAUUAAUUCAAGCAGCUGGCUUCAGGCUUGACACAAACGCAAAAGCAAUCGCUACAACAACAACAACAGCAACAACAACAGCAACAAGCAGCAACAAAUUCAUACAAGGUCAACGGAUUUAAUAUUUUUUAAAUGGAAAUCAUUCCUGAAGGUAGACACUUUCGUUUGGUGCAUGAAUCAGAGCUUCCAGAAAUUUUGGUAACUUUAGAGCGCUAUCUGCCGGAAUCAUUAAAGUUUCAUCAAACCAUUAAAACGUACCUGAAUGAUCGUAUUUGGGACUUUAAGUUUUAUGUUGCUAAAGAUUGGCCCGAAAAGCCGAUAAUAUUACAUUUUCCAGGAUGCACGCUAACGCCGCACAACAAUAUAUACCAAACUUUUGGCAUAUUUUGUCCAUCCGCACAAAUCGAGUACGUCGAUCUGAUGCGCACCGAAGAUGUACUUAUAGAUUGGCGAAAGCCAUUGUACCUGAACUUUACGCACAUCGCAAUUAUGAAUCGCCUGGAUGAGUUCUAUUCGAAGAUGGGUGUGAUGGAGCGACUGAGCGGUGAUAUCUAUGUGUGCAACAAGCUGAACACGGACCUGGAGCUGGAGCCGCUGCCCGACGAUGCGGAAAUGCGCUUGCUAACAUUGGAGAACGUUCAGGGCAUACACGAUCUAUAUCCGGCCAAUGAAAUCGAAAGCGUCAAGCUCUUUGAUAUACUCGUGCGUGUGCUGCCCGGACUGGGCAUCUAUCGCAAGGACACCAACGAGCUGGCGGCAUGGAUGGUACACUCAUAUUACGGCGCUAUGUUUUCUAUGCAAACACGUCCAGAUUACCGACGCAUGGGUUAUGGCAUUCGCUUGGCCAAGUCAUUGACUCAGCUGGUGAUCGAGCGCGGCUAUACUCCGUUCGUUGUCAUACGUCCACAGAACGAUGCGUCCAGGAAUCUAUACACCAAGCUGGGCUAUGUCAAGGCCUACGAGACAUGCCGUGUGCGUAUGACACCCGAUUGCUAUAAGGACAGCACCGUGGGCACCAUCGCGAACACCUCGUUUGCCAAGUUUCCGCCAUUACCUCAGGACGGCGAUGAGUUGUGCGUUGUGCUACCUGUGCGCAAGCAUAUACCCGGCGAGAGCCAGGCGGUGGACGACGAGGGUAUCGAGGAUAUGUUGGCUGAAAAAUGUGAUAUCAGCAACGAUGAGGCUAGAGAGCGUAAGACAACAACUGACGAGGGCAUUGGAGAGGAUAAGUAGACAGAAAGAGAGAGACAGACAAAGAGAGAUAUAGAGAGACAGAGAGAGGGAAAUGGAGGACGUUGUAGCUCCAAGAGCUGGCAUAAGAGAGAAGGACAGAGUUACAUUAGAGAGAGCUACAGAUUGAUUGGUAUUGAAUGAUAUAUGUAUAUGUAUGUGCAUGUCCAUGUCAAGCUGUAAGCAACUAGAGCUACACAACAGCUGCAAACGUCGAUUGUACGUAUAUAUACAUUCAUAUAAAAAUAUAGCAAGUGGCACAAGUGGCAUUAAUUUUUUAACAAUUAUAUGAAAAACAAACGAAAACUAAAGUGUAUAUCUAUAUAGUAUAUAUAAAUAUAUAUACAUAUAUAUUUAUAGAUGGUAUAUGAAGCUUCCUCACACAAAGCGCAGAAAACGAAAAACCGAAAUGUUGGUAAAUGAUUUAUUUUAUAUAAUAGAAAGGAGUAACAGGAGAAUGAAGUAAAACAGUAAUAUUUGUAAUGAAACACAAACUCUGAUGAAACAGAUUUUAAAAAUGAAACAAAAUGUAAAUUUUUAAUUUUUUUUGCUAAAAAUGCUUUUACACAAAUGUAAUUCAAACAAAAGGCGAACAUUAUUACAAAUCUAUAUAUAUAUAUAUAGAAAUUCUAUAUAUCAAAUUGUUAAAAAACGAAAAAACUAUUAAAACUUUCUCUCUGGCUACACCCAACACAUGCGACAAGCGACAUGAAUCAGUUGUAGUAGACGAAAAGGAAAUUUAAAUAUUUUAUAAUGUGAGCCUACACUUUUUCUAAACUAUAUUAUAUAUAGAUAUAUUUGAACUGUCUUUAAAACUAAUUUCCCAAAUAGCUUUGAUUUUGAAAGUAUGUUUGAAUUUAAUAGGCUUUUUUCAAAUUUAUAUACGAAGUCUGUUCAAAAAGUAAUACGAAACUAGACAUUUAGAUUUUGUAUUUCGUUUUUUUUUUUUUUUUCAAAUUAGAAUUUCGAAAUUUAACAACUUAACUCAAAAUGUUUUUUGAUAAUUGUGUUUACUCAUUUCAACUGAAGAGCCGUUAAUCUAGUUUGCAUUUGCUCUCUCUUUUUGCCUAUUAGUCAAUAUAUUUCCCCAACCUAGUUUGACCCAUGUAGAACUGACAGGGUUUACUUAAAGGGGCACAAAGUAGAUACUCAUAAACAAUUGAAA